CUGCGACUGUUGGAGCGCGCCCCAGAGGUGAGGCAGGUGAGGCAGAUCUUCAGUAUUGCAGCCUGCUCUGGGAUGCUUUCUUGGACUGGAUGAGGAGCCAGUGGCAUGGGCAGGGAGUAGGCUUUUGUGGGACCUUGCCUGCUUUUCCUGGGUGUCUCUGUAUGGUGAGGCUGACAGGGAUUUUGUGUUUUUCCAGUUCAGCAAGGAGGCCUCCCGCCUGCCCUGCCCACCAGAAGAUGUCCUAUGAAUCCAUCACCAGCAGAGGUGGCUUGGGGAGCCAUGGCCCUUUGAAAGGACCCUCAAGAGAAGGCUACCAGCCCCUAAAGUGUGCUACAUGUUGGACUGAGUAGGGACUUGGGCCAGGAGUCUCUCUUGAAGGCAGCCAGAUACCAGAGCUCACCUUGCUGCCUUCCAUGGGCCCAAGGAAAGACUCUGCCCCUGGGGACUCAUGUGAUGGUUCUGCAGUUAUCCAUGGCAUCUAUCGGGCAGGCUACUCUGUGAGCCACCAUGUAUGUCUCCCCCUCUGCUCUGCCUUACCCUUAUUUAUACACCUCCUCACCCUUUCUCGUCUCUUUAUGCAUUCUCUGCCUGCACCUCUAGGUCCCUGUAAGCACCCUCUUCUCUACUCCAGGCAUGACACCAACAAAACCUUUACUGCCAGCACCAGUGCCAUGAAGCAGGUGUCAGAGCUGCGAGCCUUCUACCCAGUAUGUUUUCUCUAUGGAUUUGAGGCUUGGCAAAGGUGGGGGCUGGAGGGAAGAAGGGAGGGUUCCCUGGUGCCUGUGGUGGGGCGUAGGCAUGGCAGAGGAGACUGUCUCCCGGGCAUGACCCAGAUAGUAGGGGUCAUGGAGACAGAACAUGGACUGGUGGCUGCAGGGACUGAUAGGAUUACAGAAGAGUUCAGAGCACUGCUUUCCGGGGUGCAGCGGGGUGGCAAGCAGACCCUGGUCCAGAAUGACACUGGAGACAAGGACCAGCCACAUCUCAAGCCAGGUCCCAGAGAAACUAGCCAUGCUCCAGCCAUCCUGCUGCCUGAGGGCUUUGGUGCCAAGGGAGAGCCUGAGGCCUCAUUUACAGACCUGGCAGAUAGCCAAAAGACCUUUAAUGGAAAUAACAGCGUGUGGCAGGGCCAGGAGCGGGUGCUGCUUCUAGACACGACCAAGGAGGACCUGGAGGCCAUCCAUCUGUGCAAGGAGGCCAUCAUGCAGAUGGUGGUGAGACCCUGCAUGUGA